CGUCAGCCAGACCUUUAUCUGUUCGGAAAUUAGCGUCUCUGAGACAGUGAACUAACACGGUCAUUUCCUGACCCAGAUUCAGCCCAGGGAGGCAUACUGUAGCAAGUCAAGAUGUGUCACAGAGGCUAUCUAACGCCAUUAUGAAAUCCUCCAUGCCAGGCAGCCUUGAAGGACCUUAAGGGAGGGUUUUAUGGUGAAAAGGGCUUAUCUAAGGCAACGCUGGAGUAUAAGAUGCCUGAUGGCUGAGAUGGGAUUGACAUGCUGUUAAAGCUCUGAGCUUCCAGACCAUCCGCACUCAUCUUCACCACAUCAUCCUCUCUUCUUCACCUCCUUUUCCAUCUCCUGAACCACCUUACUACCCCGCCUACUAUUCAGCAUGGGAGCCAAUUACAGCGUUGAAGAGGUUGACCACUUCUACACCAAGGACAACAACACGAGACACCACAAGAAUCCCCACUAUCUGGUAGUGGAGAAAGACAAGCUGGCUGUGAUUGACAAGUUAUUCCUCGACCCAGCUGCCCCUGCCUCCAAAAACUGGGAGAUCAUCACAGGGAAGGAUGCAGUGACGCGUCCACGGAGCGUGUGCAGCUCAGAGGAGGGUAACUGCUCUGAGGACGAGGAGCCCGAGGACUUACUUCCUGUUCUCCGAAACCACAGCCAGCUCCUUAAUGACCACCACAUCGAGAGUCUAGCCAAUCACAUGCCAGCAAGGACACAGGGGUAUCCAUGGAAUCUGGUCUACAGCACAGCCAUUCAUGGCACCAGCCUGAAAACUCUGUACAGGCAAAUGGCCCACAUCGACAGUCCUGUGCUUCUUGUCAUCAAAGACAUGGAAAAAAAGGUUUGUUUUCCUCUCUCUCAGGUGUUUGGUGCCUUCUCCUCCCAUCCCUUCAGAGUGAGUGACUGUUGCUACGGAACAGGAGAGACUUUUGUCUACAGUUUCGACCCUGCAUUCAAGGCCUACAGGUGGAGUGGUGAGAACUCGUACUUCAUCAGGGGCCAUAUGGACUCUCUACAGAUUGGUGGAGGAGGGGGGCUUUUUGGCCUGUGGCUGGAUGCUGAUCUGUACCACGGUGCCAGCUACUCCUGUCACACCUUCAACAACCAGCCCCUGUCCACCCAGCAAGACUUCACAGUGCAGGACCUGGAGGUCUGGACUGUACAGUAAACAGAGCGAGACACUGAGAGACUCAGAAGCGGAAGAGAGAGAGAGAAAAAAGCCAGGGCCAUGUCUCUCUAUGGUUUACAACAUGGCUUUACUUGUGUUCAGUGAGGUUUAGCUUGUGCUCAAGCUGUUAGAGCACAGUGAGCUUAAUUCAUAUAUGAACGGACAAAGCCAUUGAUCAUGUGACACCAGUCAUUCCUAUGUGAAAACUCAAUAGUGCAUUUGAAGCCAAGGAAGUCCGUUAAAAUGGUGUCUCAUGUGGGAGAUGUACGUAGGCAUAACAUGCUACUCCAGGAUGUGACGCUGCAGGCUAGCUCAUUGCUGCCCCCUCUCAUUGAGUUUUUCACGUUGAAGGCAGAUUGGGGUAAGGCACGCUGCCAUUAGCUACAAAAGUAUGAUAAUGACUUCUUCUGUGUGCGAUUUUAAAAUAAUCGGUUCAAGCACAUACAUAUGGUAUAAUAGAAGCAAUUAUCAGUAGCAUUAUUUUUUUGUUUGUUAUUAUUUUAUUUACACAAAGAUUGCCAUCUUCCCAUUCACUAUAAUGGGGAUCCUGUGUUCUGCAAAUAAUGCCUGCAGUACUGUGGUUGGCCUUGAAUGAGAGGGGGCAGUCAUUCUCCCCUGGGUUUGUCCUGUGUAAAACCUGGUCUCGUGACUUUUAGGCUGGUUUUAGCUGUUUUACCAGCGUGUAACCUAUUAUACCAGCAUUAACUCAGGUUGUAUCUGCGUUUUUCCUGGUUAACUGAGGACUGUAAAAACCUUUAGAAAUACCUGGAAGUCCACUCACUUGUGGCCUUUAAUGGUUUGUACAAAAGGUAUGGGUUUAAAUCCCAUGUUAAAUGUUUUCUUAAAUUUGUAAAAGAGAAUAAUGAAAAAAAAUAUCAAGAACAAAACAGGAUAUAAGAUGUACCAAUUGUUUUAAUUUGGUAUCUUCUUCACAUUACUUUGAUGUUCUUAUUUUCAAUGACGGCCUAGGAACAGUGGGUUAACUGCCUUGUUCAGGGGCAGAAUGACAGAUUUGUACCUUGUCAGCUCGGAAAUUCCAACGUUCUAACCACUAUUUAAAGAAAUGUUAUCUAGGGAAGUAUUUUGUUUUGUUUGCUUUGUUCUAUUUGUAUGUGUUGAGUUUGUAAGUAUGUAUGUUUUUCAAUAUGUGUGCUGUACAGUGCUGGCACUGUUAAAAUGGCUCCUUAUUCAAAUUCUGCAUUUCCAGGUGACAAAAAUGUGCUUUAAACCUG